AUAGCUGCUAAAUAUUCGAUGCUUUUCGCUGAUAUAGAAAAAUUCAAUGAGAUGCAGGCAACGUUGUUUGAUGAUUGCGUCUGCACGGAUGCAUCGCUUUUGGUUGUAGCUCCAACAGGAUGUGGAAAAACUACAGUUUUCCUUCUUGCCAUGCUGCGAGAGCUUAUGAAGGAGAAUUCUCCAGACACGAAGAUUACAAUCCGAAUGGUUUACAUCGCCCCAACACGAGCCCUCUGUUCGGAAGUAUUUGAUAAAUGGGAGGAAAAGUUCUCCCAAGUAAAUAUACGUUGCUGCGAGGUUACUGGGGAAACAAAUACCACGACGGAUCUGGUAGAAUUGGAGAGGUACCACGUUAUUUUGACUACACCGGAAAAAUGGGAUUCGCUAACGCGUCGAUGGCGGGAGAAUAUCAAUUUCCUCACGUCCAUGAGGCUCGUGAUGAUUGACGAGAUCCACCUUCUCAAUGAGGCACGUCGUGGCGCUGCCCUGGAGGCCACAAUUUGCCGCAUGAAGAUUGGCGCCCUCAAGAGUGGCACGGCCAUACGGCUUAUUGGCAUUUCGGCAACAUUGGUAAAUGUGCAAGAUGUUGCAAAGUGGUUUGGUGAGGCAAACACGAAAGCUUAUACAAUAUCCACUCAUUCACACGGUAGUAAAGUGAAGGAGAAGAUAAUCAGUGUGCCCCUGGAAGAGGAGGAAUCAUUCUUCAAAGUGGACGCGAUCAUGAAUAGUUGGCUACCGAAUAUUGUGAUCAGAUACUGGGAAUGUCAGCCCACCCUUGUGUUCUGUGGCACGAGAAUGAGUGCUGAGGCGACAGCUCAGUACCUCGUGACUAAUUUCCGUGUCAAUCUACUGGAAGAUCAGGUGAAUUUGUUGUGUAGCAUUGGCGAGCGGAUCAACUAUGGGACGCUAAGGGAAUGCAUCAGGAUGGGGAUUGGAUUUCACCAUGGAGGACUCACACUGGAGGAUCGUCUUAUUGUUGAGAAUCUCUAUCGUAGUACAAAUCUGCCCAUACUCGUGUGCACCCAAACACUAGCAAUGGGAGUUAAUUUUCCAGCCCACUUGGUCAUUGUUAAGGCGCCCAGCCCCAUAUCCCCCACUGAGAUGCUUCAAAUGCUCGGACGAGCAGGUCGCGUUGGUCUCACGAGCAACGAUGGAAUUGCUGUAAUUCUUACAAGGACGUGUCACGCCGUGAUUUACCAGAAUUUGCGAGAAAAGAUUGGGCCAAUUGAGUCAAAUCUUCAUAAUAAUUUGGAGGAGUACAUUAAUGCGGAGAUUUUCACGGGAAAUAUUGUGAAGCUUGAGAGUGCAAUUCAGUGGAUAAAAACAACACUAUUCUACGUUCGUCUUCACAUCAAUCCCACCCACUAUGGCUUUCAAGAGGACGCCGUAGAAAAUCAAUUAUCAGAUCUCUGCCAGACAACAAUUGAGAGUCUCAAACGACGAGGGCUUAUUAGUGAAAAUGUUGGAACUUGUGCAACCAGUGAGUCGAUUAACGCGAUUAAUUCCCCCGAUAAUACCCUUUCAUCCACAAUUUAUGGUUCACUGGCGGUAAGAUACUUUCUUCACCUGAAAACUGUGAAUACCCUCCAAAAGAUUACUGGCAGGGAAAAAAUAUUCCAACUCUUCGACAUUGUAUGCAAAUGUUCGGAGUUUGAGCAUCAAUUUGUACUCCGUAAUAGCGACAAGAAAAUUUUGAAUAAAUGGAAUGAAGGGAACGAAUCAUAUGAUACCAUUGAGGAUGAUGAAUUUGGCACCGGAAAGAGCAAAGAUACUCUUCGCUUUCCAAUAUCUGGGAAGAUUAAUUCGAUAGCAGCGAAAGUUUCUUGUUUGCUUCAGGCAAUGUUGGGGAAGUUCAAUGUAAAAAACACCCAUUUGCACGACGAGGGUGAUAAAAUGAUGAAAUUGGCCAAUCAUCUCACCAAGUGCAUCAUAGAAAUGCUGAAGAUUGUUCCAGGCGAAAAGUUUUGUGCUUUUCUCAGUGCUCUGAGGCUUCUGAAAUGCUUCACAGCUGAAUUGUGGGAAGAUUCGCCGUAUGUUUCUAUUCAAUUGCCAGAAAUUGAUGAGAGGAUGGCACAAAAAUUGGCCAACUGUGGGAAAUGUACAUUUGAGGCUCUAAGAGUAAUCCAUAGUUGGACUUUGCGGAAGCUUUUCCCAGAGAUCUCAGACAUAGGAAGGAUAAUUGAGGGGGGCUUAGCAGGAAUCCCUCAAUACUCGGUGAACUAUUGCUGGAUAGGAAGUACAAAGAUUUCCGUGAAAGUGCACCACCGAGUCAAAGCGCAUUGUGAUAAUGAAAGAGCAACUGUUGCACUUAUAGUGGGAGACGCAAAAAGCAAUUCUUUGUUGUUCUACAGUGAGAACGUAUUCGAGAAAGGAAAUAGCUACGAGGCUAAAAUUGAUAUUGCGAUCAAUUUCACCAGCAUCCAUAUUCACUUGAUUCAUCUUUCCCUUGUUGGCGUUGAUGUUCACAUUGAAUUAUCGGACAAAGACAGAUAUUCCCUGAAUGCAUCCAAGUUGAACAGUCAAACUGAAUUUGUGAACAAGUCGCAAAAAAAUCAUAAAGAUCAGGAGAAUAUUCCAUCUGAACCACGCAGUCUGAAGAUUUUGAAAAUGGAUCAAGACAAUGAGGCAGCAAAGGAUGGAAAAACUGAAGCACUUGUGAUGGAAAUGUACAAGAAGUCACUGGAUCACGUUGAAAAUGAUAAUCCUGAAGAUCCCUUUGCUCUAGGUGUUGAGGACUUCUUCAAACAGUUGGAAUCUAAUAUGCAACAGCGGAAUACUGAAAUGGAAAUUAAUGCUCAUGGCAAUUCCAAGGUCAAUUUGGGAAGUAGUGCAGGCAAUAAGGAUUUUAAAUCAAUCUAUGAGCACGAGAUGACGUCGAUACUGAAGAAGCCGUAUCAGGUUUCGUCUUCACGCAAUCUCAAAAGUGAAUUUUACAAGAAAGUCGAGAAGAUUGUAGAAGAAGAUACUAAUGACCACCAUUAAUCCCUCUAGAAAA